AUGAGAGUUGGACUUCUGUGGCUCAUCCCUCUCUUCACACUCAUGGAAGGCACCAAUGGCUUCCUGCAGCAAAAAUAUGAUGGCCGCAGAACAAAAAGAGAAGGAGAUGUCAAUGUGGUUGAGAAAAGGCAUCCAGUCCAGGAGUAUGAAGUACUGCUUCAGAUGACGUACAGAGAUCCAGAGGAGAAGGGAAAACUGAAGAAAUUUCUGAAGCUCUUGAAAUCUCGGUCGCUGAGCUUACAUGGUCCCAGCAGGAUCAUCAGAGUGAAGGCUACCACAUACUGCAGAAACGGAAAGGAGUUCCUGGAGUGUGCCUGCGAAGACAGCUAUAUGUGGUUUCCUCCAUCCUGCCUUGAUCCCCAGAGCUGCUACCUUCACACAACCGGACAUCUGCCAAGCUGUAAUUGUUCCCCUGGAGGCCUCAGGCAGAGCGUUAAUUUUUGUGAGAGAGCAAAGGUUUGGGGCACUUUUGAAAUUGACGAAAAAUUUCCUGAAGACCUUUGGAAUUCAUCAUCUGAUGUAUAUGCCCACUACGCAACUGGAAUUGAAAAUCAACUCAAAGAAGCAUACAGAAGAGUCCAUGGUUUUGAGUCAGUUCAGGUCACUCAAUUUCGAAAGGGAAGCAUCGUUGUUGGCUAUGAAGUGACUGGCUCCACCAGCCCUGCUGAACUCCUUUCUGCUAUUGAACAGCAGGCUGACAGGGCACAGGCGGCCCUGAGAAGGCAGUUUCCAGUCAAACAUGGCUCUUUUCGAGUGUUUGGGAAAGCUCAAUGUAAUAGCAUCUCCUUUGGAUUUGGGUCAGAGAAUGAUGAAUAUACUCUACCCUGCAGCAGUGGCUUCAUAGGAAGCAUGACGGUCAGGUGCCAGUCCUCUGGGUGGCAGAUCACCAGCGAGUCCUGUGUGCUCUCUCAGCUUGAAGAACUGAAGAAGGAGCUCAGUAUGAUUACAGGCAAGAUCACAGAGGCAGGUGUGGCAUCUUUGGUGCAAAAUCUUUCCACCAUCAUUAUAGAAAGCCCAUCCACCACAGUCGGGAACCUGGGCACAGUGGUGUCACUUCUGAGCAACAUUUCAUCCCUGUCACUGGCAAAUUCUUUAACUGUGUCCAAUUUGACACUGAAGGACGUCAUCAACAUAGCUGAUCGUAUCCUGGAUUCAGCCUCCAUUACGAACUGGACAAUUCUAUUACAAGAAGCAAAGGGCGCCAGCUCCCAGCUACUAGAGACGCUGGAAAACAUCAGUACUCUCAUCCCUUCCACGGCUCUACCUCUUAACUUUUCUGGAAAAUUCAUUGACUGGAUAGGGAUUCCAGUGACCCAAGUCCAGAGCACACAGGGCUACAACUAUCAGAUUGAAAUAAAACCAAAUGCCUCUCUGCCUAUCCGAGGCCACGUGCUUAUUGAACCAGAGCAAUUCCAGAAAUCACAUCCGAAGACUAUUAUCAGCAUGGCCUCAUUGACCUUUGGGAACAUUCUACCCAUUACCCAGAGAGGAAAUGAACGGGUCAAUGGUCCUGUGAUAUCUACACUUAUCCAAAACUAUUCCAUCAGUGAAGUUUUUCUGAACUUUUCCAAAAUAAAUGGAAACCUGAGCCAGCCUCACUGUGUGUUUUGGGACUUUAGCCGCUUGCAAUGGAGCAAUGCGGGCUGCCAACUAGUUAAUGAAACUCCAGACACAGUACUGUGCCGAUGUAGUCACCUGACCUCCUUCUCCAUGCUCAUGUCACCCUUUGUUCCCUCUUCAGUUGUCCCUGUGGUAAAAUGGAUCACGUACAUAGGGCUGGGCAUCUCUAUUGCAAGUCUAAUCUUAUGCCUGAUCAUCGAGUCUCUGUUUUGGAAACAGACCAAGAGAAACCAAACCUCCUACACACGCAACAUUUGCCUGGUGAACAUCGCCCUCUCGCUCCUCAUUGCUGAUGUUUGGUUUAUCAUUUCUGGCUCUGUGGACACCUCUGUGAGCCCUUCCGGAGUCUGUGUGGCUGCGGUGUUCUUCACCCACUUUUUCUACCUUGCCGUGUUCUUCUGGAUGCUUGUACUUGGCAUCCUGCUGGCUUAUCGACUCAUUCUUGUGUUUCAUCACAUGGCAGUGCCUACCAUGAUGGCUGUUGGCUUCUGCCUAGGCUAUGGGUGCCCUCUCCUUAUAUCCAUCAUCACCAUUGCCAUCACCCAACCUAGCAAUAGCUACAAAAGGAACGAUGUGUGUUGGCUUAAUUGGUCUGACAAGAGCAAACCUCUCUUGGCGUUCGUUGUUCCCGCGUUGACUAUCGUGGCUGUGAACUUGGUUGUGGUGCUGCUGGUCCUCAGAAAGCUUUGGAGGCCAGCAAUUGGAGAAAGAGUGAAUCAGGAUGACAAGGCCACUGCCAUCCGCAUGGGAAAGAGCCUUCUUGUGCUAACCCCACUGCUCGGGCUCACCUGGGGCUUCGGCAUAGGAACAAUGGUGGACAACCAGAAUCUGGCUUGGCAUGUUCUUUUCGCUUUACUCAAUGCUUUCCAGGGAUUUUUCAUCUUCUGUUUUGGAAUUCUCUUGGAUAACAAGCUGCGGCAACUUCUAUCCAACAAGUUGACUCCAUUAAGCUCAUGGAAGCAAACAUCAAAGCAAAACUCCUCAGCUAUAGUUACCAAGCCUAAAUGCUUAAGACCUUUCAACAUACUACAGCACAGAGGCAUGUAUGCACUUUCUCAUACUGGAGAUUCGUCCAGCGACAUCACAUUAACUCAGUUUUUAUCAACCGAAUAAAGCCACGAGUCACGAUAAAGGGC